AUGUUGCUCCUUCUUUUCCUGAGCCUUGCUGGCCCUACCCUUGCCAGCGUUAAUUUAUUUAUCCCCGAAGAGGAAGUGCUGAGGACGCAAGGCGUCAGUCGUCAGGUUUCGUACAUACAGAAUGGUGUUGUGAACGAAACAGCGAUAGAGAGAACGUUUAAAGUUGAUGGUAAUGUGACUGUUCUAAAUUUCGGGUGGAAUGCAGAUAGCAAGGUUACCUAUAAAGCCAAAAUAGCAUCGGAAGAUAUGGCUGUACUUCCAGUAUUACGAUUACCGGAAAACGGCGAGGUGCCGACUAACUUGGAAACAUUUUCGGUCGAUUAUCGUUGCGUUGGAAUGAAAUCGGGUCAAUUCGAAGUUAGCCUUUUCCUCAGUUUUAUCCCCGAAAAAGGGAAAAAUUACAACGUACGCAUCAUAACCGAAAAAUUAUGUGGAGCACGAGACGGGCGCCGAUUCAUUGGAGGUGAUGACGCCGAGAAUUCAAAGCAAAGCGAGAAAGAUGAAAAUAGAAUGGAACUCCUAAUUUACAUUAUUAUUGGCUGCGGCAUCGCGUUCUUGCUAGUAAUCUUCGUCAUUCUUUUGCUGUACUUCCGAGCUUCUAAAAACGGGAAUACCACGGGGCCGCCAAUGAAGAGCAAAUUGCCAAACGCCUUUCAUUCUCUAAAAGCCAAGCAAACACAGCCAUUUCUGAGCGCGAGCCCAAGCCGCUGGAAAAGCUCUGCGACUAAUAAAUUGAGAGCUUCUAUGUCGUUGAAGCCAAGUACUUCGAAGGCUGGAACAACACUGCCAGCGGUGGAUGUAAAAACAGCCCUUGUGGCACUCCACGCUGAUCGAGAUCUAUUCACUAUUUUGACUUUUAAUGAGCUGCAAGGAAAAUUUGCCGAAAUGAAAUGGGCUAUUUGGCGACAAACUGCUAGUGGGUUUUCUGGUGAUGUGGAUGAAGAUGAGGACGACGGUACCGGAGAUGAGGCAAUGUUGGUAAAAAUGCUAAAACCUACAGCCGGACAUCAAGAACUGGAGAAAUUCUUGUCGGAUUCACUCGUUUUCCAUCAUGUCCCGGCGCAUACGAACCUAGCAAAGGUGGCCGCCGUAGCCUCUUUUGGCAGAUUUGACUGUCCAGAAACCGUAACAGACUUACCAAUGGUUUGCUAUCGGCAUCAAGGUUUUGGGAACCUCAAGCAGUUUUUGUUGACUUGCAAUGCCGAAGGCGUGGGAAACAAGAAUAAAAAUGGCCAAACCCUCAAAACUAAAGAACUGCUUGGGAUGGGGAUACAUAUCGCAAGAGCCUUAAAGCAUUUGCAUAGCUUUGGUAUAAAACACACCGAUGUCGCAAUACGGAAUUGCAUUGUGGCCGAGCAACGAAACCCACAAUCCAAUGAUCGGCUUCAUGUGCAGCUGAUUGACAAUUCGUUGACGAAGGACAUUUUUCGUGAUGAUUAUACGCAAUUUCCUGAUGGUGAAUUAUAUCCAACGCAUUGGAUGUCUCCGGAGGCGUUGAAAACAAAUAACUACGAUCAACCUAACGACAUCUGGGCACUCGGCGUUGCCAUCUGGGAAAUUCUAUCUUGUGGAGCUGCUCCAUUCCCAGAUAUCCAUGCGAAUAAUAUGCUAAGCGAACUGCUUAAUGGAAGGCGAUUACAACGACCACACAACUGCCCUGAAUCACUUUACGACCUACUUUCCACCUCAUGGAUGGAUUCUAUUCACCGACCAUCCGCGGCCACAUUAACUCAACGUCUCGAAGAAUAUUCAAAUGAGAUGCGACAA